AUGAGUUCAUGGCAGAAAAUCGGGGUCCAGAGCAAAGGCGACCUGAUCAGCGUGAGGGCUUUGAGGGAGGUGCUCAGGCUGUACCCGGAGUACGGCGGCCGGUUCAGCUCCGACAUCCAUCACAACCUCACCUACAACCUGAGAGAGGACACUGGAUCCGACGGAGUGACAAAGUGUCCAUGGUCUUCCCGGCUCCCUCAGGUUCGCGCUUCGAUGGACCCUAAACCACCGUACAUCGUUGAGGCCGAUGAACAUGCCCAAGGUGGCGAAGACACGAGACAGUCUCAUCCGAGGAGGGGGCCUCUGUCGCAGGGAGCGGGCGGCCCUGUCAAUCCGCCCUGCCUCAGCACCCUGUUAGGGGAGGAGCUCCACCACAUCAACGCACUGCGCAUCUGUCGGGCACCUGUUCAGGGGGGCGGCGCAGGCCGGGGCCCCGCCCCUCAGCCGUUCACCAAUCAGUCUCCGUUGCACAGUCUCACCGGCGACCCAGACCCGAACCGUCGGCCUGCCAAUCUGCUGAUGCCGUCCCAGUCUUGCGUUAGUCCGUUGGACCUCAGCCCCAGGGUCGUGGAUGGAAUUGAGGACAACGGUCACUCAUUUCAAUUUAAUGUAGAGAACAGCGAGACAAAGGCCAACGUGACAGAUCGGUUCCAUGUGAGUGCAAACCUGCUUCUGGAGACAGAGGAAGUGAGACAGAACAUCAGCAAACUGAACAAAGAGGUGAGCAACUUGAACCAAGAAUUAUCGAACCUGACCAAAGAGCUCCAUGACAUAAUGCAUUUCCUUCAGUCUCAUACGGCACUGCUCCAUAGCCCUCCCGUGUCCUCGCGCUCCUGUGGCAUACAGAUGGCCCCCAGUCCUAGUGUGACUGCUUCCAGCAAAUGGCAGCCCCAUGUCCCUUUAAAUAUUGCCACGGGUCUGCACCUCCAUCAUGGAGCAAUUAGCCACCCUGCCAGAAAUGUGUGGGGCUGCAGUGGGAUGCCCGCCCAGGGCAGAAGUGCCGCCUUUCUGCACUCGUCAAGCCCCGCGUCACCCUGUUUGCACCUGUGCUGCUCUGAGAGAGAUGCCGCCGCAGCCCACAGGUUCCAGAGCCAGUGCGGCCCCUUUCAAACCUCGAGAACGGCUUCAAACCCUCCCUACGUGACCCACUCGCACGCCCGGGCAGAAGAAUCCCUCCUCGGCCUCGGCUCCGCAUUCAGCAGCGUGCCAGUGAUUUGUCUGGCCCCACACGUACCGCACAGCGCCUCCGUCCCCACAAUGAGCAACUCCCACCCUCCAUGUUCUCCAGUUAAUUCUGGCUACUCUCAUCCACCACUGAGUGUUCAAACCCACUCUGAUCCGACACACAACCAGACCAGCUCGCAGACGCCUAUCCAUUCCUCCGUCACUUACUCUGGCCAGCCGCAGUAUCACACUGCCUUCAGCCCCCUCGUGCCUUCGGCGCACCACACUUCAGCAUGCAUAGGACACAACCACAGCCAACAGGGCUCUAUCAGUGCCCCCAGGCCAAAUUACCCCGUAGGGUGCAGCGCUAUCCACACACAGGACCUUGCCCUCUCGCUGCUGGGCCAGGUGACGGACAGGGACUGUAGAGCUUCACUGCAUCGAGAGAGGGCAGAAAGUCACGAGUCUGAAGAUACUGGCAGUACUACUCCAACUGUGGAAGUUCAAUCACCUCGCUCGGAUGUGGAGGGAACGCGAAGCCCAUAGUGAUGGCCUCAGUAUCUUGUGAUAUUGUAAGCGUUAGACUGAGGAAGUUAUGUUUAAGUUAAGUUAAACAAAUUAGUGGAUUACAAUAAGAUAAACAUCCAUUCAACAAUGCACAGGGACACAGCCCUGGUUAAAACACACGUGAUAAAUGUUUAAAGGAGCUGAUCUGGCGCACGGUAUGAACGCGGAGACGAAGCUUCCCCGGAGAGAAAACCGCAGCGACCCCAAUCCGCUCAUCACAGCAACUCCUAAUUACAGGAAAAUUCCGUUAAGCCUAAUUUAUGCUUCUGCGUUUUCAGAGAGACGCAGACCCCUCCUUGCGUGUCCCUUGCGUCGCUUUUCACACCUCCUUGCGUCCUUGCGUGUGUCGGGCCAUUUUUCUAGGCUUGCGUCGUUCUUGACAGCGCACCAGGCAGCGAUUGGUCCGCUAACUGCGUCCU